AUGUCGUCGUCGAACUCCCCGUGCGCAGCCUGCAAAUUCCUCCGGCGAAAAUGCACGCAAGAGUGCGUAUUCGCCCCGUAUUUCCCACCCGAUCAGCCCCAGAAAUUCGCCAAUGUGCACAAGGUGUUCGGUGCAAGCAACGUGACAAAGCUAUUGAACGAAUUGAACGCCACACAGCGCGAGGACGCAGUGAACUCAUUAGCCUACGAGGCAGAGUUUCGUUUGCGUGACCCUGUGUACGGAUGUGUCGGCCUUAUUUCAGUCCUACAACACAAGCUAAAACAAAUGCAAACAGAUCUCUAUAACGCCAAAAAGGAGCUCUCUACUUACAUUGGCUCUCAAGCUAUGCUCCCAAUUCUGCAGCCGCCCAUUGCCGGAAACCACCAUAUGUUCCCCAUGCUUGGAAUUCCCAAUUCCGCGGCCGCUCCCUCAUCAUCCCACCAGAUGCUCAUUCGUGACACGCCUCAACAGACCCAGACCCAGACCCAGAAUCAGAAUCAGAGUCAGAAUCAGUUGUUUGAGGCGCAGCAAUUGGCGGCGGCGGUGGCUGCCAGAGAACAGCAGGAGAUGUUUAGGGCUUAUGAGCAGAAACAAAACCAAACACAAACCCAACAUCAUUCGCAACGCCAACAGGAGCUGAUGAGGUUCGAUGGGUUCGAUCCGGCUGGGAACCAAAUCAAUUCCUCUGGGUCUAAUUUAACAUUGGGGACGUUUGUUGAUAAUAGCUACCAAAUUGAAGCGCAACCGCUUCAAGUGCAGCUGUUUCUUCAGCCCCAACAGACAUUGGUUGAGCAACACCCACAAACACAACACAAGCCUGAACCCACCGCGGAGGAUGGUAGGAACAUGAACAUGGGCCCAUCGUGCUAA